GGGAGGAACAUCAAGUAGGAGUUGGCUAGCUCAAUGUAAAUCACUGUGGCAUCGUAGGAACUAGGAUAUCUUCAAGCAGCAGCAAGGUUUCUCUCGUGUGAACCGUGAAACACAGACUAUAUACUCAUCCGUUGAAGUUGCAGAUAGAGAGUAAGCCUGCAGUAUGGCUCAGCAGGAGAAGUGGUUACCAGGCACAGAAUGUAUGGCCAAGUUCAACUUCGUGGGAGCCACGGCAGACGACCUGUCUUUCAAGAAGGGGGAAAUUGUCUUCAUCACCAAGGCUACAAAGGACCCUAACUGGUAUCAAGCAAGGAACGAGAGGGGCCAGGUGGGCAUGAUACCAGCCAACUAUGUGCAGAAGAGGGAGGGGGUCAAACGCAAUAUCAUGCCGUGGUUCCACGGCAAAAUCAGUCGAGAGAAGGCAGAGGAGCUACUCCAGCCCUGCUCAGACGGUCUGUUCCUGGUCCGAGAGAGUACCAACUUCCCUGGUGACUACACGCUGUGCGUGGGCUGGAUGGGCCACGUGGAGCACUAUCACGUACUGUACCGCAACAACAAACUCACCAUCGAUGAGGAGAGAUACUUUGAGAAUCUGACCAAACUAGUUGAGCACUAUGAGGAAGACAGCGAUGGUUUAUGUACAAGGCUACAGGUAGCUUUGGCUAAGAAGGGAGAACUCAACUACUCAAUUAACUCGGAUGCUUUUGUGCAAUCUGGCUGGGCCAUUAAUAGGAAAGACAUCCACGUUGGGGAUCUUAUUGGGAAGGGAAAUUUCGGAGAUGUAAGAAAAGGUUACUACUUAGGAAGAAAAGUCGCUAUCAAACAACUAAAAGACGACAGCAAAGCAGCACAAACAUUCCUGGCUGAAGCGUCCGUUAUGACGAAACUCAAGCACCCCAACCUCGUACAGUUACUGGGCGUGGCCUUACCAAGGGGAAGCCCCAUAUUAAUAGUCCUAGAAUUUCUAGAAAAGGGGAAUUUAGUAGAUUAUCUAAGAUCUCGAGGAAGGACAGUGAUCAAGCAGCCGGAACUAUUAAAAUUUGCGUGCGACGUUGCCUCAGCCAUGGCCUACCUGGAGGCCCAGAACAUUGUCCACCGCGACUUGGCGGCCAGAAACGUUCUCGUCUCGGAGAUGGACGUUGCCAAGGUUGCCGAUUUUGGUCUGUCAAAAGAGGUGACUGUCACCCAACAGGGGAUCAAGUUCCCCAUCAAAUGGACGGCCCCUGAAGCCCUCCGAAAAAAUGCCUUCUCUGUCCAGUCUGAUGUAUGGAGCUUUGGCAUUCUCAUUUGGGAACUGUACUCAUUUGGGAAGCUUCCCUACCCAAAACUUAAUCUGACAGUAGUUGUGGAACACAUAGAGAAAGGCUAUCGCAUGACGGCCCCUGAAAGCUGCCCGGACAGCAUCUACAAGAUCAUGCAACAGUGCUGGGACAUUGAGCCCAGAAACAGACCAACGUUUGACUACAUACUCAGGCAACUCAAAAGCAUGAAAUCAAACCCUGCUACUAAUUUUUAAAGUAAAAAAAAUAAGGGGUGUCGUUUAAACAGGUAGUUUACAUUGGUAAUUUUGGGGGAUUCACGACACAGUGUGCCACCAAAUUUUUGCCUCAAACAGACCCCAAAAGUGUUGCCUUCCUGUGUAUAUUUUUAUUCCGUCUAUCACAUUUUUUUUAUACAUGUAAUGCCACAUACCUUAACAAAGAAGUGUUACUAUCGCGAAUUGGGAUUAAUAGUCCAACUUGUAUCAGGCGUGUCCAAAAAUAUAUAUAUUUAUUGACUUAAAAUUUUGAAGCGUUGGAUUUGUGUGCAGAAGCUUCAUGGAUCAGGACUGAAAAAUCCCUCUAAUUUGGUUUUUUUAUUUAAAAGCCUGAAAUUGUUGCGUUACUUGGGCUCGCAAUUCGAGUCUUAAAUAUUAAACAGAUAUGUGUAUAGUACAUUAUUGUGAUAAAUCAUAUAUGUAGUGACAUCCGACCAAAAAGUUUGUACGAUAUUCUUCAUAGGUCAUUCCCUGUUAAUUUUUGAAGUAUUUUACUUAAUGCAAGCAAAAUGUCGGUAUCUAAUUGUUUCAUACAUUAAAAAUAUCAGAAAAUACAAUUCAUUUUUUUUUCAGGGAUUUUUCAAGCAGUAUUUUACCUAUGAUUUCAAAUAUUAUUGGAAAUAGUUCUCUCUCUUUCCACACCCACUGUGGGUGCAUGGAAUAAUUAUUAGAGUUUUUCUCUGACAUUUAGAAUAUCUUUA